AUGAAUAGAUAUAAGGAUAAAGUAUGCCUUGUCACAGCUUCAACUCAAGGUAUUGGUUUUGCAAUUGCUAAGAGAAUGGCUGAAGAAGGGGCUUUUGUUUACAUCUGUUCUAGAAAAGAGAAGAAUGUUAAGGAAGCUCUGGAUAAACUUAAAGGUUUAAAGGUAGAGGGUUAUCCUUGUCAUAUUGGGUUAAAAGAAUAAAGAUUGGCUCUAUUGAAAAAAAUUGAGGAAAAACAUGGUAGACUAGAUGUAUUAGUUUGCAAUCAAGCAGCUUCAACUCACUUUGGUAGCUAGAUGGAUAUCAGUGAGGGAUCAUUCGACAAGAUGUGGGAUUUGAAUGUAAAGAGCAUCUUCUAUUUGAUUAAGGAGUCGAAAGAGCUGCUCAAGAAAGGAGGAAAGUAGUCUAAUGUACUUGUAGUGUCAAGUGUUGGAGGUAAAGGUCCAAACUAUACAAUUGGAGUCUAUAAUAUGACUAAGGCUGCUCUUGACAAUAUGGUGGUAUGGCUUGCAUAAGAGUUGAUACCUGAUGAUAUUAGACUUAACGCAAUAUCUCCAGGACUUAUCAAGACUGAAUUCUCUGGGCCUCUCUGGAAAGAUAACUAAGGAGUUCCAGCAAAGAGCCUUGGUGAAUCUGAUCAAAUUGCUUCUGUAGCAGCUACAAUGUGCUCAGAUGAUGGAAGUUUUGUCAAUGGUGAAAAUUAUGCCGUCCAUGGUGGGUUUCCAAAGCUUUGA